CACUAGUGCCUGAGAAGGAUCAAUGGCUUGGCAGGGCUUGGCGACCGAAUUCCUGCAGGUGCCGGCGGUGACGCGAGCCUAUACGGCGGCCUGCGUGCUGACCACCGCCGCCGUGCAGCUGGAUCUCCUCAGCCCCUUCCAGCUCUACUUCAACCCGCACCUCGUGUUCAGGAAGUUCCAGGUCUGGCGUCUGGUCACCAGCUUCCUUUUCUUCGGGCCCCUGGGAUUCAGCUUCUUCUUCAACAUGCUCUUCGUGUUCCGCUACUGCCGCAUGCUGGAGGAGGGCUCGUUUCGCGGCCGCACGGCCGACUUUGUCUUCAUGCUUCUCUUCGGGGGUGUCCUCAUGACCCUGCUGGGGCUCCUGGGCAGCCUGUUCUUCCUGGGCCAGGCGCUCAUGGCCAUGCUAGUGUAUGUGUGGAGCCGCCGCAGCCCACGCAUCAGGGUCAACUUCUUCGGGCUCCUCACCUUCCAGGCACCCUUCCUGCCUUGGGUACUCAUGGGCUUCUCUAUGCUGCUGGGCAACUCAGUCCUCGCGGACCUGCUGGGGACUGCAGUGGGCCACAUCUACUACUACUUGGAGGAUGUGUUCCCCAACCAGCCUGGAGGAAAGAGGCUGCUGCUGACCCCCAGCUUCCUGAAGCUGCUAAUGGAUUCCCCGGAGGAGGACCCCAACUAUCUGCCCCUGCCUGAGGAGCAGCCAGGACCCCAUCUGCCACCCCCGCAGCAGUGAUCCCGUGACAGCUGGGGCCAGCUCUGGCAGGCCUCCACCCCACCUGCACACCCAGCUCAAACCCAUCCUGGAGACGCUAGUACCCGUGACCGACCUGAAUAAACAGUGACCUGCAGCCUCUUGGCCACACACUGGCUUCCUCUGCCCUGUCAGCUGGGCAUGCCCCGGGCCAGGCGCAAGGUGCAGCUCUACUUUCACCAAACCUGGCUGCCCUUUGAGCCCAGCCACAGGAGUGGUGUGGGAGGCUCCAAAGGCCUGGGCUGCCCACAGUGGUCCAACAGAGCUUGGGGCCUCAGUGGGGCCUUGGGCAGGUCCUACCUAGUCCC